UUUGCAAUAAUUAUAAUUAUUGGAACAAUUGAUUGAUCAAAAUACGGUUUAAAAAAAUAUUUACUUGAAUAUUUUAACGUUGAUCGAUCACUAAAUAAAAGUGCGCGUGUUUUUGCUGUUGACGUUUAUUUAAACUUGGUUAGUUAAAUAUAUUGUGUGUAAACUAGUGAGGUUAUAUUCAAUACUUGUGCCACGGAGAAUUCGGCAACGACUAAACUAACCCGCGGUGAACAGAGAGAGAGAGUAGAAAGCACUCAGAGUGGUCCAGCAAAAGAUCUACAUUUUAUAUUUACUAAAAUAGAACAGUGUAAUACGAGACGACUUCCUGAUAUAGCUGUUUCUUACUAAACCAACCACGUCGAUCCGUCGGAGGACUAUUUUCGACGGAACAACCUAAACUCAGUCUCAAUAGUAUAGAGUAGAUAAGGAAACACGGUUAGUUAGUCGCUCAAGAGGAAUAAGACUUGUUUUGGAGGUUAAAUCAGUGCAAGUACUUUUUAUAAAAUAAAAAAGUCAUUUUUUAGAUUUAUUUUCGUCCUCCUGCUGAUACAUCUUGGGUGAGUGCGACUGUUAUUUUUAACCGUACGACUAAGUACGUCGUGAGAAUUAUUAACCUCCUCAGUUGAGAGAAAUAUCAGCGAGGUUUCAGUCGAGAAUCUCUCAAAUUUUUCACUUAAAUAUUUUUGUUAAUAAAUAGUUUUUGUGCUAUUUUAUUAAAGAUCAAAAAUCCGGAUUUUUGUGAGUGCAAGUAAAAAAAAUUCUAUUUUUUUUUUUUUUUUUUUUUUUUUUUUUUUGUGAUAAGACAAUUGAUAAAUUUGAGUACUAAAGGACAAGGCUAAAACAUACGUCGUUGGGAGUGAUGCCAAUUGGCUUUGGGUCUAUUUUAAUUAAAUGCGAAAGUGUGAAAAUUAUUUCACUUAUAUUAAGUGCUAUCAGCAGUUAAACUUCAACUAGUUAUUGGCAAAGAGACUUUCAAUUGAUUUUCACAUUAAUUAUAAUAAUUAGAAAAUUAAUUAUUAUUACUAUAUUUUAAUUAAAAUAACAGUAAAUAAUUAAAAUAAAAUCAAGAUGAGUAUUCCAAAAAACGUGGAAGAAUGUGUGAACGCUCUAAAAAAAGCGACGAGCGAUUCAGCAAAGUUCGGAGCAGUUUUUAUGGUGACAAAGUUGGUAAAGAGCGAUGAUUGCAGCGCGGAGGACUACAAACUGAUCUUCGAAGCCAUAGGCUCUAAAUUUCUGCGAAGAUUGAUGGUAAGCAACGACGUACCCGCCGGGUGUCCACCGGACAUCUACAGAUCAAUAGCAUUUUCAAUUCUCACGGCUUUUUGCAAUGAACCGGAGCUAGCUCAGCACCCGGACAUGAUUUCCCACGUUCCAGCGCUGCUAGAAAUAAUUUCACAAAUAACCGACGACACUUCUGACGACAUGCUGAUCAUAGUAAGCCAAGCUUACACCUGCUUGCAAAACAUCGCGCAAUUCCCAGCUGGACAAAAGGCGCUCUUAGAGCAGGGAGCGAUUCCCAAGAUGUGUGAAAUUUACUCCGAGCAGAGUUUCCAGACCGACCAGGCCUUGAACAUCUUGGUGACUUUAGUCAAUCAUCUGGGCCCUGAAGCCUGGGACCCGGUUGACACCGCGCCGUUCCACGCCAUCCUCAACAAAAUAGCCGUCGAUUUCGAGACCGACCACUCGGAAAGAAAAUUUGAGUUAUGCGGAAUUCUCCAAGCUUUGAUAGCUUCCUGCCGCAAGGACGCUGUCGUAGACACUUGCAAGGAAGAAACCUGGCCUCAGAGUUUGUACAAAGGACUCUUUGAUAUUCUCGGUUCAAAAAUUGGAAAGAACCAGCGAGAUCCAGCUUUAAAAUUAGCCUCAACUGUUCUUGAAUUAUUCGGAGCUGAGUGGGCGCUGAUGGACGAAGAAAAGCCCAAGGCAUUCUUUUUAUUACUAAUUCAAUUAGCGUGCAUUGAAGUUAGGAUGCAACUCGAGGGCAAGCAGCUUAAAUCAGUCCUUCAAAAUGCCGAUUUGGUAACAGCUUGCUUCGUUAUUCUGGAGGUUUCUUUGCAAUACAUAACUACAGAUCAGUUAGACUUUGAGCAGAAAGAAAAACAAUCUUUGUACACUGCGCUUAAAGGAGCUUUUUCGGCAGUAAUUGGUCUCCUUACAUCCGUUUCAAAAAUGAAAGAACUGACUGAUAUUAAAGAGAAAGUAUUUGUCUGCGCUAUGGUCAGAGUUUUGGCUGCUUGGUUGGUUCAAGAUACAUCCGCAAUGCGCCCGCAAGUCUACGCAGUUCUCCCCUACAUGCUCACCGUCGCCAAAGACACUUUCUACGCGUUCAGAAACAGAAAACUAGCUGAAAAAUUGAAAGCUAACAAGCCUGAAGACUCAUCAUCGUCCUCUGAGCCGGUGGUUCAUGAUCCUCUUAGUGAAGUAGAUGUCCUGCGAGUUCUCCUACCGGCGCUGUGCCACCUGGCGGUCGAAGAAGACGCUAGGAAAAUUAUGCUCAAGCACAAGCAGGAAGAAAUACUCUUUGACUGUCUCUCCUACCACUGGACGGUCGUUCAGAACAAAAAACCUCCGGUUCCAAGAUCAGAACGGCUUAAAGCUAUCAAAGAACCUCAGAAAGAAAUAGAGCCGAGGGUUUUGGAGGAAAUGAAGGACUCACGCGCUGCUAUGGUGUCCAUUUGCAACGUUUUGAUGAACAUCACUGUCCUGGAAGCUAAACUUGUUGAGCAAUCGCAGACUUUCAUUGCUCUGCUCAAGUUUAUCUUUGAUAAUUUACCAAUUGUGAAGCAGACCAGCGAGAAUCUGGUCCUUCAUGGUCAUCUGGCGGUUUUGGGGCUGCUGUUGCUCAAGCAGCAGGCUAAACUUGCUAAGAAAAAUGAUUAUAGUAUCACUGGGUUCAUCAGAGCUACGAUUAGGUUCCUCUGGGACGCUUAUAUUGUUGAUGAGAGCAGCAAUUCUAGUGAAUUGGUUGUUUCUAUUUCUUACAAAGAACACUGGAUGGAAAUAAUGGAGCUCUGGUUCCUUGGUAUGCAGACCAUGGCUAGUGUUCUUCAGCAGAUUCCCUGGCUUGCGGAGUUUGCUAUUGAAUCAGGAUGGGUUGAAGGCAUCAUUGAUCUACUCAAGAAGGUCAAGAUUGGAUCUCUUCCUCCGAAUGUCAAGUCUGCUUAUGAAGAUCUUCUUUGUCAUCUGGUGAAAGCUGACUCCAAGGUUGCGACUGAGCUUAAGAAAUACGACGCGCUUACUGUCUGCAGAAAUCACCGCAUGAUGGAGUUGGGAAAAAGUUUAUUUGGAGAUUAAAAUUUGUUUUUUCUUUUGGAUUAUUUUUUCACACUGGCUUUUAAAAUUUUUUAAUUAGCUAGUGAUUAUUUUAUAAACUAGCAUUUAUAAUUAUAAUU